CCCCUCGCGUUGCCCGCGCUGUCUGACCUUAGUCUGCUAGGUUGGCAGACGAGUGCGAAGCCGUUUGGGAGGUCCUUCGGUGUUUCUGCGCAGAUUCUUCAUCGUCACGGAGAAUAAAUCUCAAAACCUACUGGGCCGCUUCCCGAAAGGCGAGAAGAUAUUCUAGACCUCUUCAUUUUCCAUCCAGAGGACACUGAUACCCCCCAGCAACCGCGGCUUCCGUUGGCAGUUUUGCCAGGUGUCGCCUUGAAAAAAUGACUACAGGACAGGAUCGAGUAGUUGCUUUGGUGGACAUGGACUGUUUUUUUGUUCAAGUGGAACAGCGGCAAAAUCCUCAUUUGAGGAAUAAACCUUGUGCAGUUGUACAGUACAAAUCAUGGAAAGGUGGUGGAAUAAUUGCAGUGAGUUAUGAAGCUCGUGCAUUUGGGGUUACUAGAAACAUGUGGGCAGAUGAUGCUAAGAAGUUAUGUCCAGAUCUUCUACUGGCACAAGUUCGUGAGUCCCGUGGAAAAGCCAACCUCACCAAGUACCGGGAAGCCAGUGUUGAAGUGAUGGAGAUAAUGUCUCAUUUUGCUGUGAUUGAACGUGCCAGCAUCGAUGAGGCUUAUGUAGAUCUGACCAAUGCUGUACAAGAAAGACUACAAAAGCUACAAGGUCAGCCUAUCUCUGCUGACCUGUUGCCAAGCACUUACAUUGAAGGUUUGCCCCAAGGCCUUACAACAACUGAAGAGACUGUUCAGAAAGAGGAAAUGCGAAAACAAGGCUUACUUCAGUGGCUGGAUUCUCUUCAGAUUGAUAACGCCACAUCUCCAGAUCUGCAGCUCACUGUGGGGGCAGUGAUUGUGGAGGAAAUGAGAGCAGCCAUAGAGAAGCAAACUGGUUUUCAGUGUUCAGCUGGAAUUUCACACAAUAAGGUCCUGGCAAAACUGGCCUGUGGACUAAAUAAGCCCAACCGCCAGACGGUGGUCUCACAUGGGUCAGUCCCACAGCUCUUCAGCCAAAUGCCUAUUCGCAAAAUCCGCAGUCUUGGAGGAAAGCUAGGAGCCUCUGUCAUUGAAAUUCUAGGGGUAGAAUACAUGGGUGAACUGACCCAGUUUACAGAAUCCCAGCUCCAGAAUCAUUUUGGAGAGAAGAAUGGGUCUUGGCUGUAUGCCAUGUGCCGAGGGAUUGAACAUGAUCCAGUUAAACCCAGACAACUACCUAAAACCAUUGGCUGUAGCAAGAAUUUCCCGGGAAAAACAGCUCUGGCUACUCGGGAACAGGUACAAUGGUGGCUAUUACAGUUAGCCCAGGAACUGGAAGAAAGACUGAAAGACCGAAAUGAUAAUGACAGGGUGGCCACUCAAUUGACUGUGAGCAUUCGUAUACAAGGAGACAAACGUCUCAGCAGCCUGCGCCGGUGCUGUGCCCUUACCCACUAUGAUGCUCACAAGAUGAGCCAUGAUGCUUUUGCUGUCAUCAGAAACUGUAAUACUUCUGGAAUCCAAACUGAAUGGUCCCCUCCUCUCACAAUGCUUUUCCUCUGUGCUACCAAAUUCUCUGCCUCUACACCUUCAUCUUGCACAGAUAUCACCGUCUUCUUGAGUGGCAACUCAAGUUCUCUGCCAAAGGUGCCAAUUACCAACUCAGAAGCUAAGACACAGGGAAGUGGCCCAGCAAUGACAGCCACUAAGAAAGCAACGACCUCUCUGGAGUCAUUCUUCCAAAAAGCUGCAGAAAAGCGGAAAGUCAAAGAAGCUUCAUUUUCAUCUUUAAGUGCCACUACGCAGGCCCCCAAGAGCAAUUCAACAUCAAAGCUCUCAUUUUUUUCCCAAAUGCUUCAAACUACAGGAACGGAGUCCUUCUUUAAGCAGAAACAAAAUAUUAAUUCUUCAGUUUCUUCCCCUCCACAAAAUCCACAGUCCAAUUUUAAAGGGUUAUCAAACUAUUUCCCAGCAGAAUAUUCAGAUGCUGCCCCUGUUUGUAAAGGAGCUUUGAAGCUAGACUCCUCUGAAGCAAUUCCUACAGAAAUGGAUUUGACCCAGAACAGCCCAAACGGCCUAACUCUUUCAGCUUCCAAGUCUGUGGAGAUGGCUCCAAAGGCAGCUACCACCCCUAGUCUUCUAGCUGCUGAGGACCAAGUGCCCUGUGAGAAGUGUGGCUCCCUGAUACUAGUAUGGGAGAUGCCAGAACACAUGGACUAUCAUUUUGCAGUGGAGUUGCAGAAAUCAUUUUUGCAACCCCAUUCCUCAAACCCCCAAGUUGUUUCUGCUAUGACUCAAGGCAAAAGAAAUCCCAAGAGCCCUUCAUCCUCCAGUAACAAACGCCCUAGGCCUGAGGGCAUGCAGACAUUGGAAUCAUUUUUUAAGCCAUUAACACAUUAGUGCUGCCCUCAGGCUUGCUGAAGGAUUUGAAUAUUUUAUCCAUACCCUGGGAAAUGCAAUAUGUUCAUUUCAUAAGGAAAUUCGUAACAAUGAAAUUUUUAGUUUAAGAAAGAUACUGGGUUAAGGUCCUAUCUUUUCCCAUGAUUUUAAUCCCAUUGCUGAUAGAACUGUAAACAUGCUAAUUCAGGAGGCUGUGGCAAGAGGAUCAAAAUUCAAGGCCAGUCUCAGCAACUUAGACACUGUCUCUUUUAAAAAAGAAAAGAGGGCUGGGGAUAUAUCUCAGUUGGUAGAGUGCUUGC